GUCUGGGCCAUGGAAAGAUUUGCAUACUAUCUCCUGGGACGCAAGUUCACAUUGCGAUCUGAUAGCGAAGCGCUUAUGUUUAUGGUGAAGACGAGACGUAGGCAAACGGAUUAGGUCGCGUGCCGAGAGUUGGUUUUUGAGAAUGGAUCAUUUUCACUUUGACUUCGAACAUGUGUCGGGCAAGGAAAACAUUGCUGAUGCAGCGUCUAGGAUUGGUGGAAAGCGUAACGACACGCAAUUCGGCGCAGAAAAAGAACCACAUGAGUUGUGUUUAGUUGAGGCAGACUUAUAUAAUAUUAACGAUCAGCUUUUAGCUCUGACCUCUACACAGGUUCGGGAGGAAUCAUUGAAAGACGAAGAAUUGCAGACAGUUGUGCAGUGGCUGAACAAGGAUGUAAAAUGGCCACCGAGUAUUUCAAAGUACCAACCUUUCCAACGCGAGAUGUAUGCCCAAGGAAACGUUCUCCUAAAACAAGAAAAACUCGUGCUUCCAUCUACAUUGCGUAGACGGGUUUUAACUGUAGCUCACCGUAGCCAUCCGGGGAUGUCUACAAUGAAGAACUUUUUGAGGCAAGGUCUAUGGUGGCCGAACAUGGAUCGUGAGGUGGAAUAGUUCGUGAAAAGUUGUCCUGAGUGCCAACUUGUCAUGGCCAACAGUAAACCCUUGUUACCGUUGGGGCAUAAAAUCCAAAAUCAUAAUGCCGAAUAAAAAGAAAA